AUGAAAGUCCCUGAAAAAACUAAAGAAAAGAAGGAUAGAGUAAAGAAGAAAAUUAAAAUGAAACCUAAAAAAGAGCAAGUUCUUGUUGUAGCCCAAGAAAUUAAGUUUGCACGCUUACUUUCUGGAAACGAGAAGAAAACUCGUGACAGAGUCCUGAAAACGCUUAAAAAAUGGCUUUUAAACUGUUUCGAGAAGAAUUACGAGUUCAAAGAAGAUGAUUUUAUCCGAGUGUGGAAAGGAUUGUUUUAUGCCGUGUGGAUGUCCGACAAGCCACUUGUACAGGAGGACCUAUGCGAGAAGAUAUCAGAAGUCCUAGAUCUGUUCCCUGCCUCGCAGCUCCGGGCUGCUCUGCUGAUGUUCAAGGCAGGGCUCCGAGUGCUGGCCACUGAGUGGUACGGACUCGACCAGCAUCGCACUGACAAAUUUCUUAUGUUGGUCCGUCGCUACCUGCGCGCCAGCCUGCGUUGCCUGCAGCGCCGGCAGUGGAGCGUCAAGAGUUGUAAACUGUACGCGGCUACACUGGCUGGGAGUGACGGUAUCCUCGCCCUGAAGACGCCUCACUACGCGCGCAACGCACUCUCCAUGUUGCUACAUAUACUAGACUGCUACUUGGAGGAAAUCGCCAAGGUGUCGGACGGCGCCAUCCCGGCGGCGAGCCUGGUGGAGCUGGUCCGGCCGGUGUGCGCCUACAUGUGCGGCGGCGCGCUGCGGACUGCGGCCGCCGCCGCGCGACGCGUCAUGACGCAACUACUGCGGCAGAGCGACCACGGCCUGCGGUACUCCGCCGUCACCGCCGCCUGGCACCAGAUGGGUUGCCCGGAAGGUGGACCUGAAGCUUUGGAACUUGUGUCAGACUCCGAAGACGAUGAUGAGGAACAGCAGAACGGUGAUGGUGACCGUGAAGAGGAAACCAGUGAAAAGCCGCUAGACCCCCGUGCAGGUCGAGUAGACGUGGAGCUCCCGUGCCUGCCAGUGCCGGCCCGCGAGCUAGCCGACAUACUGCGCGGCGAGCUCGCCAGGACACACGCUAGCACGCAGCGGAGGGUGCGGAUAUGUUUGGAGCGUUUCGAGAAGCUAGCCGCGAACGAAUACCCCCUCCGGCUCCCCCCUACCGUAGUGGAGGCCUCCUCCCCCCCUGUGAAGCAGAAGAAGGCAGUUCAAUCUCUGCACGCGCUAGAGAAGAAGCUCAUCACUGCGAGCGAUGAACUCGCGCUUAGAGGUCUAAGUCGCAAGCACCGCAAGCGAUUACUAGCCAAGAGUCGGUCAGGGGCCUCCAUCGUGGAGGAGCUCGACACAGCCAACCAGAAGCUCAGCAACACUGCUCCUAACGGCUGGCAAAUUGAAGAAACUAAAGAACCAGCGGCUAAGAAACAAAAACCUAACGCAAGCAACAAUAAUAAGGAAAAUAAGAAACGGAAACACGACGGAAAACCAUCGAGUGAAGGAAAGCAACGGAAAUUAAACGGAAAUAACGAUGACAAACAACAUACAGUGACCAGCAAGGAUGCUAAUAAUGUAGCAGAUGAAACUAAUACUAAUAAUAAGAAUAAGAAGAUAGAAAACGGACAUACUAAACUAGAUAAUAAUAAAAGUAAAAAAAUAGAACUGAAAAGUAAAAAGAAUAAAGAUAAAAGUGCGGUUAAAGAUAAACCGUUGACUGAUAAGACUAAAGUUAAUGCAGUCCAAAAUAACAAUAAUAAGAAAACUGACUCAAGAAGUGAAGUUUUAGUGAAAGAUAAGAAUAAGAAGUCUGAAAAAGUAAAAAGUAAUCAAAAAUCCGUAGCGACACAGAAUGUUAAUAAUAAAAAUGAAAAAAACACGAAGAUAGCUAAAAAUCCAACAGUAGUUGUCAAUAAAGUUAAACAGUUCCAGAAGCAUAUAAACAAAUUUGAUAAGAAAACUGAAAACUGUCAAUUCAGUACGCCUAAGAAAGUUAAAUUCGUAUUGAAGAAUAAUUCUAUGCAACAACCAGUCGACUAUUACAAGAGUGUUAGACAAAGUCCGAACAUACCAUUUGAUGGGUCUAAGAAACCCACCAAAACGAACUUGAAACCGUCUACCCCGUCACCUAUAAAUCCAUUUUUAAAGAAAAAACUAAGACUUAAAUGA